AUGGAUGGUUGUUACUCUACAAACCAAGAACACAAAGAGUCCUCUUUUUCAACCCCCUUCACACGUGAAAUGAUCAAACUCCCAAGAUUCGAAAUGACAUACCAAAUUGUCGCCUUUUCCACAUCCCCAAAAUCUCCAAACUGCAUAGUCUUCACAGUCAAACAUGUCAGCCCAACCGUGGUGGCCAUCAGCACAUGCCACCCUGGCGCCACCGUGUGGACCACGGUCAACUACCACAACCGGUUGCCAUUUGUCAGCAGUAUUUGGAACAAACUUGUGUUCUGUAACGGGGUGUUCUAUUGUUUGAGUUUAACAGGGUGGCUUGGGGUGUAUGACCCGCAUGAGUUGACAUGGACUAUCCGUAUUGUCCCUCCGCCCCGGUGUCCGGAUAAUUUCUUUGUGAAAAAUUGGUGGAAAGGGAAGUUUAUGGCAGAGCAUAAAGGUGACAUCUUUGUUAUCUACACUUGUUAUAGUGAAAACCCGAUUAUUUAUAAGUUGGAUCAGGGUAAUAAAGAAUGGAUUGAAAUGAAAAGUCUUGAAGAUUUUAUGGGAAACGAUGUAUAUCGUAUUCUUUGGAUCAUUGUCGAUAUUACCCCCGUAAGCAGUGUCAUGAUUGGGGCGAACAAGAUCCGUUUGAGAGCAUAUGGGUCGAACCACCCGAAGAUGUCUCAAAAUUCAGCUGGGAAGAUUAGUCAAUCAGUGUGA